AUGGGCCCACAAGGUCAAGAGGAUCAAUCUCUGAAAGAAUGCCCGCCUGAGGAUGGGCGUCCCACCAUGGCCAGCACAGCCCUCGAGACCAUGUCAGGGCCUUUAGCUACGGCCAACACAGCAUCUGUCGCCACCGUCGCCACCGUCGCCAUCGCCGCCACCGCUGCCACCGCCACCACCGCCCCGGGCCAGCACACCACUACAGCCCUGGACCAGGAUGCCAUUGGUAUAGCCAUUGAUACACCCGUUGGUAUUGCCAGUUCGAGCCCCAGCGCUUCAGGCAGCAGUAGUCUCCGUAACGUGGUUGGCUCCAAGCAAACAGCGUUUUCUCCACGCACUACUGGUGAUCGCAUCAUGCUGCCCGCAGAGACACUUGGUGCCCCCUUGGGCUCCACUCUCAACGAGCGUGCUGAUAGUUCGGCCAUCUGCAAUGCUGCGCCUUUUGUGGAAGGCUCGCCAACCCAGUCCCCGCUUGGACUUGAGGCGCAGCCUGUCACUUCCGAGGAAGCUUCUCCUCCCGAGUCGAUGACGGAUGCCCAUGUCGAAGAGUUGCUUUCUAAACUGCCAAACGAGAUUGCAAAGAAUGCCGAGGAUGUGAAAUUCAUCAACUUUAUCAUCCGCUUGCCCAUCAAUGCGCGAGUGCUCCUUCUUCGGGGUCAACGAGAUCGCGAUGUUUUAGUUGUGGCCGACAGCUCUCGGCGCUCAGAUAACCGUUAUCAAUGCCAGCACUGCUUUCCCGUUCGGGUUGGCGGGGGUUACGUGUUCAUCGGUUUUGCCAACGGCGACGGCCUCUGCAUCGAAUGUGGACGUGCGCUCAAUUUCAAUCUCAAUGAAGAGCGCCGUCGACGCCAGUUCGAGUGGGCCAAUGAGUUUGAAAGCAAGUUUGGCGCCGAUAAUCACUGGGAUUUCUGGGACCAACUGGCCGCCUCUUCGCGUCACCGAGUUGUUAAAGUGUCCACGCCGACGGCGCCAGUUACCAAGCCAGCCCGCAAAAACCCCAAACCCACACCGCCCGUCUCUGCUCGUGUAUCUGCAGCUGCAUCCCGCAAAGCAUCUGACGCCAGCCUUAGCAGUGACGCCCCCCCGACUUUGAGCCCGGUGCAAAGUGUCGUUACAUCUGUUUCAAUGGAUGUGCCCUUUGUUGAGGCGGCCAUACCUCAGCCACUGGACACACUUACGGACGUGAUACCUGAUUCCGUGGAUAUACCUUCGACUGACUCCCAGGAGCCUACGCCUGACCCCACUCAACCAGCCUUGGAUGAGCCAGACGACACGGUUGUUGACUCAUCCAAAAACACUCAACGAUCACGUGCCGACUCCCCAGCAGUGUCUGAGGCAGGCAACCAAGAUAUGCAAAAUCAUCCGCUUGCAGCUACUUCGAAUCUCGAACCUGAGCUCGAGCCCCACCUUGAACCCGAUGUUCAGCUUGAGUCGAAGCCCGAUGAGCCUGAUCAUCAAUCAGGCGCACAGCCAGCGGCAGUUGAAGAAUCUAUACUUGCACCCAGCUCUGCAAAGCAGCCGACAGCCGUGGUUUCGUCGUCAAACGAUUGUGCUCUUGAGCCAUCAGUCGAGCUCCCACCUCAAUGUGCGCCAAUGAUUGAUGAGCCUUCGGUGCCAGAGCCAACAGCAGCACCACAGGAAGAGAUGACGGCAGAAGAGGCAGAGGUGGAAGCCGCGCAAGCAAAACCGGCUCGCAAGCGUGCUCCCAUGCCUCCGCCGCCACCCCGAGUCAAAGAGAUAGACGAGCCGAUCGCUUCCCAGACACCUGCGCCAGAGCCAGAGCUGCCAUCAGCCAAGCCAUCAACACCUCAGCCUCUCGAGGAGCCACCGGUCCCUGUGGUCCGACUCCCGCGACCACCGCGCCCCCCUAAAGGUCGCGGCAAAACCUCCAAGUUGUUUGGUCCCAGAUUCAACUCGAGCAAGGCCCAGGCUCCACCUAGCAUAACCACUUCCGCUGAAAUUUUGCCCUCAACGCCGCCGCAGGUGGUUACUGCGCCUUUACCGGUGGGCAGCGAGGCAGACGAUUCGUCUGAGGCGUCUGACAAUGGCGAGGGUCUGGAAACGAUUGAGACUCGAGGUGGAACAACAUCAAAGGUCGAAGCGCCGUCUGAUUCUCUGGCUUCAAUACGGGCAGCUUUAUUGGCAGAGGAGCCUGAAGAGGCGGCUGAGGACGUCAAAGCAAAGCGAAAGCCUAUGCCUGGCGCGAGACGGGUGGAAAACAGUCGGCUCGCAGCCCUGCGCCGCAUCCCUGCAGGGUUUACGAAGCAACGGAAGAAAAAAACAGCCAGUCAGAGCAAGCUGGCACCCUCGCCCUCGAAGAGUAACGCGGACCAGGCGGGGCUGGCUGCUACGGCAGACUACCUAUCGCAGUUUAGCAUGUUGGACACGAAGACGACCCACCGCUAUAAGCGCAUAUUCAAUGCAGCGGAUCGGCGUGGUGCAGGCUGUCUGAGUGCGUCGGAGCUUGGUGAUGCCCUGCGCUUGGUCUGCGAUGCCCCGAUCAGUCAGCGCGAGAUGGAGUUUGUGGUGCGGGUACUGGAGCUUACUGAUGAGGAUGCCAUCGACUCUUCGGGCAUGCAGCUCAAGAGCUCCCUAAAUUUUCGCCUCUUUUCAGUUGUGGCUGCUCUGGCGGAAAAGGUGACUCAGCUGGACCACAAGCUGCGCGCCAACAUUAACAGCUUGGACUUUCACGGGCUUGAAGCCAAACUUCAAACCGCUCGUGACCUCUUUUAUGUCAACGAUAUUAAACAAGAGGGUUCCAUCUCGUUUGAGUCCUUGAGAGUCGAGCUUCAGGCCGGCAAUGUCAGCGAUGCACAUCAGGCUGAGAUCUUUUCCCGGCUUGGGAACGAUGGCCUCGACGACCUCUCCUUUAUGGAGUACCUAGCUUAUGUUCCCCUCUUUUUGGACAUUCACGAUGCAGUGUGCACCAACCCACUGGACAUGAGCUUGUUUCGUUGA